AUGGACAACAGGUCAUGCUGCCUCCUUGAGGGGGACCUCAUCUCUCAGCUGAUGCCACCCCUGCUCAUACUGGCCUUCGUGCUCGGCGCCCUGGGCAAUGGGAUUGCUCUGUGUGGUUUCUGCUUCCACAUGAAGACCUGGAAGCCGAGCACCAUUUAUCUUUUCAACUUGGCCGUGGCUGAUUUCCUCCUCAUGAUCUGCCUACCCUUCCGGACAGACUACUACCUCAGAGACAGAAACUGGGCCUUUCAGGAUCUUUCCUGUCGCCUGGUGCUGUUCAUGCUAGCCAUGAACAGAGCCGGGAGCAUCGUCUUCCUGACAGUGGUGGCCGUGGACAGGUAUUUCAAAGUGGUCCACCCCCACCAUAUGGUGAACACCAUCUCGAACCGGACCGCAGCUGGCACCGUCUGCGUCCUUUGGACCUUGGUCAUCUUGGGAACUCUGCAUCUUUUGAUGGAGAGCCACCUGUGUCUACAGAAGAAUGCCACGUCUUGUGAGAGCUUCAUCAUGGAGUCGGCGAACGGCUGGCACGACAUCAUGUUCCAACUGGAGUUCUUCCUGCCUCUGGGCCUCAUCGGGUUCUGUUCCUUCAAGGUGAUCUGGAGCCUGAAGCAGCGGCAGCAGCUGGCCAGACAGGCUCGGAUGAGGAAGGCUAUCCGCUUCAUCAUGGUGGUGGCCGCUGUCUUCGUCACUUGCUAUUUGCCCAGCGUCCUGGCCAGACUGUAUUUCAUCUGGACRUUGCCCUCCAGCGCCUGCAACGCGUCUGUCCAUGUGGCCCUCCACUUCACCCUCAGCUUCACCUACAUGAACAGCAUGCUGGACCCCCUGGUGUAUUAUUUUUCAAGCCCCUCGUUUCCCAAAUUCUAUACCAAGCUUAAAAUCCAUCAUUUGAGACCCAAGCAGCCAGGACCCUCAAAGUCACAGAGGAUGGAGGAGAUGCCAACUUCUGACCUCUGUCGUAAGAGUUGCGGCAGCGUGACAAAUAGUGUCCAAAGCCAGCCAGAUGUUCAGGGGGACCUCCAAGUGUGUUGA